AUGCUACCUGAUAGUAUUCAGGGUUUUCUUUCGGACUUGUGUUUCGACUCUCCAGAAGGCCGAGCCCCUAUCGGACUCAUUGGAGGGAUGGAACAACUCACCAAGAAUGGCCACAAGAUAAGUUGCAUUGUCUUGGAGGACUUGUCUCUUCCCGCUCGGGGAUUGGGACAUCGGGCACAACAUUUGGGGGCUCGUCUGGGAUCCCUUGACUGGGCAGGACAGGAAAAGUCCAGUGUAAAUCCGAGGCCCUGCUGUGAAGCAGGAAGGUGUCUGGCACAGGAAAAAGCUUUCUGUGUUGUCUGCCGACAGCCCGGCCAGGUGAAACUCUCCUUUCAUUACGAUUGUCAGCAGCUCUUGCAGGUGCUCUUCACCACAGAAGAACGGGAGCGAAUUCUGGCAGAAGCACAGAAACGGGUCCCAGGGGUCGAUGGGAGACCAACCGCCCAGCCUCAUCUCGUGGACGAGGGGUUUCCUCUGUUGCGGCCUAACUGGGAUUUUGAGCGAGUGGAAGGUAGGGAGCGUCUCCAAGUAUACCGCCAGACUCUAAUGGCUGGCCUGCGGGCCGCAGCUAGAAAGCCGACAAAUUUGGCGAAGGUAAAUUUAGUAAGGCAAGAGCCCGCUGAGAGCCCAUCAGCCUUCCUAGAGAGGCUGAUGGAAGCCUUUAGACAAUAUACACCUAUGGACCCCAAGGCUGAGGAGUGACGUGCUGCAGUUGUGUUAGCGUUUGUAAGUCAGGCAGCCCCAGAUAUUAGGAGGAAAUUACAAAAGAUAGAGGGAUUGGGAGAACAGACAAUACAAGAUUUACUGAAAGCAGCUGAAAAGGUAUUUAGUAAUAGAAAGACCCCAGAAGAAAGGGAAGAGCGAAUUCAACGGGAGGAAAGGGAAUUAGCUGAGAACAUCAGGAAGGAAGAUAGGGAACAUAGGGCGAGGGAAAACCGGAAGAACCAGAGGGAGCUAGCCCAGAUUCUUUUUGCGGGGAUGAAGGCCAGAACAGAAUUGAGGGAGCCUCGAGACCCCCAGGCGGGAGAAAGAGAGAGACCAAAAAGGCAGGCCCUAAAGAAAGAUCAGUGCACUUACUGCAAAGAACGAAGGCACUGGAAAAACGAGUGCCCUGAGAGGGACCCAAAGAGGGGAACAACCCAGAGAGAGAGAAUCUCCCCUGGAACUCAAGUUCUAUAUGCGGGGGAAGACAGUGACUAGGGGAGUCAAGACUCGGCACCCCUCCCCGAGUCCUGGGUAACCAUACGUGUGGAGGGGAAACCCGUUGGCUUCAUGGUAGAUACUGGCGCCCAACAUGUUUUAAAUCAAAGACUGGGACCAAUGUCUAAGAAAACCAGCUUGGUGCAGGGAGCCACGGGGACAAAAAGGUAUUGUUGAGCCACAGAACGGAAAGUAAAUCUAGGGACCCACCAGGUGUCCCAUUCAUUUUUGGUGAUACCAGAAUGCCCAGCCCCUCUACUUGGAAGAGACUUGUUGACUAAAGUUAAUGCUCAGAUCCAUUUUGAUCCUGGGGGAAUGUCAGUCACGGAUGGACUUGGACAGCCAAUAUAUGUCUUAUCCCUAGCCUUAAGAGAUGAGUACAAACUUUUUGCGCCUAAGCCCUCAGAGACCAUAGCACCAGAUGUACAACCAUGGGUCAAUAAAUACCCUUUGGCCUGGGCAGAAACAGCAGGAAUGGGACUGGCCAAACAGAGACAUCCGGUCGUCAUCGAGCUAAAGGCCGAAGCUAGUCCUGUGAGGGUGAGACAGUACCCUAUGAGCCAGGAAGCUCGGCGGGGGAUCAUUCCCCACAUUCAAUGGCUCAUGGAUGCCAUAAUUCUCAAGCAGUGCCAAACCCCUUGGAACACCCCCUUACUGCCGGUGAAGAAGCCAGCGGGGAAAGAUUACAGACCUGUCCAAGACCUGCGAGAAGUCAACAAACGGGUGAGUGACAUACACCCUACGGUCCCUAACCUGUAUACCCUCCCGAGCAGUUUACUGCCUGAGUACACUUGGUACUCUGUGUUGGACUUGAAAGAUGCUUUUUUCAGCCUACCCCUGGUGGCCCAGAGCCAGGAGAUAUUUGCCUUUGAGUGGACCGAGGGGGAAGGCCAACCAGUAGUACAAUUAACUUGGACCUGCCUCCCACAGGGGUUCAAGAACUCCCCUACCUUGUUUAAUGAGGCUUUGAGCGAGGACCGCUAAGAAUAUCGGACUUGCCACUCAGAGGUCAUCCUGUUGCAACAUGUAGAUGACCUUAUGUUGGCUGGAACCACAGAGGAGGCAUGCAGCCGUGCCACUGGGGACCUCUUACAGACCCGAGGCACUUUGGGGUAUCGCGCUAGCGCAAAGAAGGCGCAAAUAGCUCGGCAAGAGGUCACCUAUUUGGGAUAUAAGAUCAGGCAGGGGCAAAGGUGGCUAACCCAGGCCAUGAAGGAAAUAUUGCAGAUACCAGAACCCAAGACCCCCCGCCAGGUGAGAGAGUUUCUGGGGACUGUUGGAUAUUGCAGACUUUGGAUCAUGGGGUUUUCUGAGAAGCCCCGGCCCUUGUAUGAGGGAAGUAAAGAGACCCCAAAUUGGACUUGGACUGAGCCAAUGAAACAGGCUUUCCAGACACUCAGACGGGCCCUACUAGAAGCCCCAGCCCUUGCCCUGCCUAACCCAAAUAAGCCAUUCCAGCUGUUUGUAGAUGAAAAGCAAGGAAUAGGAAAGGGGGUAUUGAUGCAGCAAUGGGGACCAUGGAAGCGGCCGAUGGCAUACCUUUCGAAGCGAUUAGACCCGGUGGCCGCUGGGUGGCCCCCUUGCCUUCGCAUCAUUGCAGCCACUGCCCUCCUCUUCCGAGACGCUGACAAGUUGACAUAUGGACAGCAACUCUUGGUUUACACCCCCCACGCCAUUGAAGGGGUUAAACGGGUGCGUUUUCAGACCCCUUGCUUCCUGAAUCCAGCCACGCUCCUACCUAACCCAGAGAAAGACCGCCCUCUCCAUGAUUGCAGUGAGAUACUGGCUGAGGACCUGAUGGCACAAAAAGACUUAACUGAUGUACCCCUAAACAACAGUGAGCUAGUAUGGUUCACCGAUGGGAGCAGCUAUGUAAAAGAUGGGCAAGGGAAGGCAGGAGCCACCAUAGAUGAUGAUUCAGGGCAGACGAUAUGGGCUGAGACACUUCCCCCAAACACUUCUGCACAAAAAGCAGAGUUGAUUGCCCUAAUACAGGCUCUGGAGCAAGCCAAAGGGAAGAGAGUCACCAUUUUUACUGACAGCCGAUAUGCUUUCAGCACUGCCCAUAUUCAAGAUCCAACAUACCAAGAAAGGGGAUUUCGGACAGCUGAGGGAAAAGAGGUCAAAAAUUUGCCCGAGAUUCGCAGGCUCCUGGAAGCUGUCCAACUGCCCCUGGCAGUGGCAAUAGUACAUGUCCCCUGUCACCAGAAAGGAGAAGACCCUAAGGCGCGGGGCAAUUGUGCCGCUGAUGCGGCAGCUCAGGAAACAGCUAGCCGGGACAACACCGCCCCCAUAUUAGCCGUGGGACUUCCACCUCCUGGCAUGGGGACUUUGCCAUCAGUUCCCGAAUAUUCCCUCCCUGAUCUCACCUGGAUCAGCGAGGAUACCAUCCUCCAGAAGGAUGACAAAGAUGGAUGGUACCGAGACCAAAACAACAACCUGAUAUUGGCUGUCACCCUGGGUCAUCACCUGUGUGAACACCUGCACAACAACUACCCACCUGGGAGAGAAAAAGACCUUAACACUUCUCCAGACGGCCUGCCUGAGGUUCCCUCAACAAAAUGCAACUGUACGAGAGAUAAUCCAGGCUUGCAAAGUGUGCCAGCUGAUGAGGACAGGAAAAAGCAGCACACGGGAAUGAGGUACCGAGGGGAAGAGCCAGGGCAACAAUGGAAGAUAGAUUUCACUGAGGUAAGGCCAGGCAAGUAUGGGUAUCGCUAUUUGUUGGUUCUGGUAGAUACCUUCUCGGGGUGGGUAGAAGCCUUCCCUACUAAGGGAGAGACAGCAAUAGGUUGCUAAAAGAUCUCAGAAGAGAUAGUGCCUAGGUACGGGCUGCCAGUGACUAUGGGCUCUGAUAACGUACCUGCCUUUGUGAGCCAGAUUGUACAAGGGCUGGCCCAAGCUCUGGGGACAAAAUGGAAGUUACAUUGUGAAUAUAAUCCCCAGAGCUCAGGACAGGUUGAGAGAAUGAAUCGGACCCUAAAAGAAACUUUGACAAAGUUCGCAAUAGAGACUGGCGGGAACUGGGUGACCCUCCUUCCCUUCGCUCUCUUUUGGGCUAACACCCCAUAUAAGUUGAAUGUUACCCCUUUUGAGAUUCUGUAUGGAAGACCCCCUCCUGUGUGUCCUACUUUCGAGGAAAAAUGCCUGCCAACCCCUACUUUGGGACAAUUCCAGCAAACUCUGAUGGCAUUAAGUAAGGUACAUAACCAUGUUUGAAAGUUGAUUCAAGAGAUAUACGAGGGUCAAAAUGAGGGGGUCAUCCCCUCACAUAAUAUUAGCCCAGGUGAUUGGGUUUGGGUAAAAUGGCACCAAUCAAAGGUAUUAGAGCCUAGACGGAAAGGCCCUUAUGUUGUUCUCCUUACCACUCCUACCGCUGUCAAGGUCGAGGGGAUUGGACCCUGGGUUCACUGCAAUCACGUGCGACAAGCCACUCCGGAAGAACAGGAAAAAGCGCGAGCAGAAUGGAAGGCGAGUCCUCACCCAUCAAAUCCUUUGAAACUGAAACUCGCCCGCCCGGAGGCCUCCUAAUUCUUCUGCUGAUGGCAGCUCUCAUCGAUCCAGGAGUGACCAGUCACAACCCCCAUCGACCUGCUAAGAUCACCUGGAAACUCAGCGAUGGGCAGACUCAUGAGCAACUCAACAAGACCUCAGGAAUCCACCCUCCGAAUACCUGGUGGCCGGACUUGUACUUUGAUCUCAGGAGACUCUUUGGUGCUGGGGCAGGGUGGGAUUCUAACGGGCGGCAUAACUACCAGGUGACCUCCCGACGGAAACGGACACUUAUUAAUACAGCCCAAGGGUUGUCAACAGAUGGGUUCUGGGCUUUCCCAGGCAACAUAAGAAA